AUGGUCCGAUGUAUUGGAAUAUUUUUCGUUGUUGUGAGUGCUGUCAAACUGGCGUCUGCUGGAGCACCAACAGAGCCACCCAAGAAGUCUAUAGUAAAUAAUAACUCAGGGGUUACCCCAUCGGGUCAGUGCGGUGCCUGGGUGAAGGAACCUGAUGGUGGAUUUUUCACGUCUCCCAACUAUCCUGAGAAGUAUCCUGCAGAGAGAGAGUGCAUCUAUAUAAUUGAAGCUGCACCGAGACAGUGCAUAGACCUAUUCUUUGAUGAGAAGUAUUCCAUAGAGCCGUCAUGGGAGUGCAAGUUUGAUCACAUUGAAGUUCGGGAUGGCCCAUUUAGUUUUUCACCAAUCAUUGGUCGGUACUGCGGGCAAGAGAACCCAGCGUACGUCCGUUCCAGCGGUCGGUAUCUCUGGAUAAAAUUUGUGGCUGACAGCGAACUGGAGGCAAUUGGGUUUUCUGCAAGAUACAAUUUCACUCAAGAUCCUUACUUUAAAGAUGGUGGUGUUCCACCCCCUUUACCCUUUUGCGAGUUUGAAAUGGGAGGACCUGAGGGCAUUGUGGAGUCUAUCAUGGUGUCCAAAGAGAACAAAGCUUUGCAGACUGAGGCUGUGGACUGCAGGUGGUUUAUACGUGCCCCUCCUGGGUCAAAGAUCUACUUACGUUUCUUGGAAUACGAGAUGCAGAACUCGAACGAAUGCAAGCGGAACUUUGUGGCGGUGUACGACGGUAGCAGUUCAGUGGAGCACCUGAAAAAUAAGUUCUGCAGCACCGUGGCCAAUGACGUCAUGCUGGCCACCUCCGUCGGUGUCGUCCGCAUGUGGGCCGACGAGGGAAGCCGCAGGAGCAAAUUUCGCAUCCUCUUCACCACCUUCCAAGAGCCUCCAUGUGAGGGAGACACUUUCUUUUGCCACAGCAACAUGUGUAUAAAUCACACACUUGUGUGCAAUGGGAUCCAGAACUGUGUCUAUCCCUGGGAUGAGAAUGGUUGCAAAGAGAAAAGAAAACCUACCAUCUUGGAAAGUCUGGACAACACUAACGUGACAAUAAUUGGAGUGACCUGCGGGGUAGUUCUCAUCCUGCUCAUCGUGUCCGUCAUAAUUCAGAUUAAACAGCCACGCAAGAAGUACAUCAUUCGGAGGGGUGACUUUGACCCUACCCUGUUACACGAGGCUCUCGAGCCCCCGCACUACGAGCUGUGCACCUUGAGGCGGGCGGUCUCGGCAGAGGCCUGUGACAUGCAGGAUGACUUCCACAAGCUGCGACGCUCCUCCUCCAAGUGCAUCCACGGGCACCACUGCGGAUCGCAGGUGUCAAGCACUCGAGGGAGUCGCAGCGACUUGAGUUUGCGGGACGCCGCGGCGAUUCUCUCCGAAAUGCAGUCCGCGCCCCAGACCCCCGUCUCUCACCACACCACACCCAUUGGCCGCAGGAACAUCCUGGUGAUGAAACACAGCUACUCGCAGGAUGCCGCCGAGGAGUGCGACAUGGACGAUGAUUUAGACGACGAUCCCGUCAUGAAUCACGGACGAGUCCGAAUGGAGAGGACAGUGCACCGGUCAGUGUCCAAUGACUUUUGA